AUGGUUUGUGCAAUGCAACAGCAACAACAACAACAGCAGCAGCAACAGCAGCCACAACAACAACAGCAGCAGCCAGCACAGCAGCAGCAGCAGCAACAUGGCACUACAAUUGUGCUGCUAACAGCCGGCGGUGCUGCUAAUAUGCAGGCGAUUGUUGCUGCACAGCAACAACAGCAGCAGCAACUCAAAAGCGACAAGCUAAAGCAGCAACAUUCGGCCUUGGUCAAGCUGCUAGAGUCUGCGCCAGUUAACAAGCAACAGCAGCAGCAAUCGACACAAAUUGUUUAUCUGCAACAACAGCCAGAGCUACAACAACAGCAACAACAGCAACGCAAAAGACUGAAAAACGAAGCAACAUUAGUAAAGACAACAACCACCAAUAAUCAGACAACAAAUAGUAUUAGUCAGCAGCAGCAACAGAUUGUAUUGCUGCUGCAACAGCCAGCAGCAGCAGCAGCAGUAGCAACAUCAAAGCCAAAGCCAUUUGCCGAUUUCAGUGUAAAAAAUGAUAGCGAAUCGGGCAUUGAUGAAGACUGUCCCAAUAGCGAUGACGAUAUGUCGCACAACAGCAACAGCAGCAGUAGCAGCAACACAACAGCAACAGCUGCUGCUGCUGAAGAUGGCUACGAGCAAUAUCAAUGCCCAUGGAAAAAAAUACGCUAUGCACGUGAGCUAAAGCAGCGUGAGCAACGCCAGCAACAUACAGAGCAAAGCAGCAACACAAUUGCCGCCGCCGCCGCCGCAGCAACAGCAACACCCACCAGCAAACUCAGUCAGCUGCAUUGUGAUUCUCCCUUCUCCGCGCAAACACACAAAGAAAUUGCCAAUUUGUUGCUGCAACAAACAGAGCAACAGCAGCAGCAGCAACAACAGCAGCAGCAGCUGCAGCAGCAACAGCAGCAGCGACGCGACAGCUCUGAUAGCAAUUGCUCGCUGCUGAGCAACUCCAGCACACAAUCGCUAACAAAUGGCAACAGCAGCAGCAGCGGCAGCAGCAGCAAUUAUUGCACUUGCGGCGGCGAUGAGCAGCAACAGCUGCAGGAUAUGGAGGAGGCGCAGGAUUCGGGCUGCGAUGAUGAAUUGUGUGAGCAGCAUCAUCAGCGCCUGGAGGCAUCGCAGCUCAACUAUUUGUGUCAAAAGUUUGAUGAGAAAUUGGACACGGCGCUAAGCAACAGCAGCAACAACAACACGGCAGCAACCAAAGCAACAACAGCAGCAGCAAUUGAGGAAGCUAGCACUGAUGGCUUCUUUCGUCGCUCUAUACAGCAGAAGAUACAAUAUAGACCUUGCACCAAAAAUCAACAGUGCAGCAUUUUGAGAAUCAAUCGCAAUCGCUGUCAAUAUUGUCGCUUGAAGAAAUGCAUUGCCGUUGGCAUGAGCCGUGAUGCUGUGCGCUUUGGUCGCGUGCCCAAGCGUGAAAAGGCGCGUAUUUUGGCUGCCAUGCAGCAGAGCACACAGAAUCGCGGACAGCAACGCGCGCUGGCCACCGAGCUGGAUGAUCAGCCACGCCUACUUGCGGCAGUGCUGCGCGCCCAUUUGGAGACAUGCGAGUUCACCAAGGAGAAGGUCUCGGCUAUGCGACAACGCGCGCGCGAGUGUCCAUCGUACUCCAUGCCCACAUUGCUGGCCUGUCCCUUGAAUCCCGCGCCUGAGCUGCAAUCGGAGCAGGAAUUCUCGCAGCGCUUUGCGCACGUCAUACGCGGCGUCAUCGAUUUCGCCGGCAUGUUGCCGGGCUUCCAGUUGCUCACCCAGGACGACAAGUUCACGCUGCUCAAGGCGGGACUGUUCGAUGCGCUGUUCGUGCGUCUGAUCUGCAUGUUUGAUUCAUCGAUCAAUUCGAUUAUUUGCCUGAAUGGUCAAGUCAUGCGACGCGAUGCGAUUCAAAAUGGCGCCAAUGCGCGUUUCCUGGUGGACUCGACCUUUAACUUUGCCGAGCGCAUGAACUUCUGCGCCAUUGUGCUAAUCACGCCGGACAGACCAGGGCUGCGCAAUUUGGAGUUGAUAGAGAAAAUGUACAGUCGCCUCAAGGGCUGUCUGCAGUGCAUUGUGUCCCAGAAUCGUCCAGAUCAGCCAGAUUUUCUGGCCAAGCUGCUGGACACGAUGCCGGAUCUGCGUACGUUGAGCACGCUGCAUACGGAAAAGUUGGUGGUGUUUCGCACAGAGCACAAAGAGCUGCUGCGUCAGCAAAUGUGGAGCAUGGAGGAGGCGGAGUCCAAGAGUCCCGCCGGCAGCUGGGAUGCCAUGGAUGUUGAAGCGAAAAGUCCGCUCGGCUCGGUGUCCAGUUCGGAGUCAGCGGAUUUGGAUUAUGGCGCGCCCAGCAGCACGCAGCUGCAGCAGCCGCAGCAGCAGCAGCAACAUGUGGCGCCCUCAGCUUUGGCCAGCUCUGCGCCGCUGCUGGCGGCAACGCUCUCCGGCGGCUGCCCGCUGCGCAAUCGUGUGAAUUCCGGUUCCAGUGGCGACUCUGGAGCUGCUGACAUGGACAUUGUGGGCUCACAUGCGCAUCUUACACAAAAUGGACUUACUAUAACCCCCAUUGUGCGUCAGCAGCAGCAGCAGCAGCAGCAGCAACAGCAGCAACAUGCACAGCAGCAACAUCCGCAACUGCAUCAUCAUUUGACCGCCGGCUCCACGCGCUAUCGCAAGCUGGACUCGCCCACAGAUUCGGGCAUUGAAUCGGGCAAUGAGAAAAAUGAAUGCAAAGCGGUAAGCUCAGGUGGCAGCAGCAGCUGCAGCAGUCCGCGCUCCAGCGUCGAUGAUGCGCUCGACUGCAGCGAUGCAGCAACAGUUGCUGCUGCGCAGUCGGCAGCCGCCGCCGGCGUUAGCCCUGUGCGUUCGCCGCAGCCCUCGUCGAGCGCCAAUCUCAAGCGUCAAAUUGUUGAGGACAUGCCCGUGCUCAAGCGCGUGCUGCAGGCGCCACCGCUGUACGAUACCAACAGCCUAAUGGACGAAGCCUACAAGCCGCACAAGAAAUUCCGCGCGCUGCGUCAUCGUGAAUUUGAAUCCGCUGAAGCGGAUGCCAGCAGUUCCACCAGCAUGCCAGCGCAUAGUCCGCGUCAGUCCCCAACGCCCACGCACAAUGGACAUGCGCACAUAAGCGUAGUGCAAACGCCGCCACCAGCAGCAGCAGCAGCGGCGGCAACAACAACAGCAACAGUUGCUGCCCCCAGCAGUCAACUGCACAUGCAUCUAACGCGUCAAAGUCCCAGUCAGCAGCAGCAGCAGCAGCAGCAGUCGCAGCUGAGCUCCAUGGCCAGCACGCACUCGGUGCUGGCCAAAUCCUUGAUGGCUGAGCCGCGCAUGACGCCGGAGCAAAUCAAACGCUCGGACAUUAUACAAAAUUAUUUAAUGCGCGAACCUGCCGCAGGCAGCGCUGCCAGCAGCACCACCGGCGCACGCAGUCCGAGCAGCCAUUGCCCCUCACCCUCCACCAGUUCGCCGCCGCCGCCGCCAGCACAGCAGCAGCAGCAGCAGCUACGCUGGGCCAACAACAGCUGCCAGCAACGGCAGCAAUCGGUCUCACCGCAUAGCAACGGCAGCAGCAGCAGCAGCAGCUCCAGCACCAGCAGCAGCAGCAGCUCCAAUGGCAGCAGCUGUCCCUAUUUCCAAUCGCCGCACUCCACCAGCAACAGCAACAGCAACAGCAGCAACUCCGCCAGCUCCACCACAAACGGCAGCAGCUGCAUUGUAACGCCGCCGCCGCGUCCUUCACCGCUGCUGGAACUGCAAGUGGACAUUGCUGAUCCCGGCCAGCCGCUGAAUCUGUCCAAGAAAUCGCCCACACCGCCGCCCAGCAAGUUGCAUGCGCUUGUUGCUGCCGCCAAUGCGGUGCAACGUUAUCCCACGCUCAGCGCUGAUGUUACCGUUACCCCAGCCAGCAGCCCAGCAGUGUCAACAGCCACGCCCACGCCCACGCCGCCCACCAGCAGCAGCGGCAGCAGCUCAACUGCUUUGCCCGCUGUACACAAAGUUAUGCUGGAGGCGUAGACAGACUGAAAGGUAUGAGGCGUGCAUAAUUGUGGGCGUGGCACUACUUUCCUUAAUUGCAA